GCCAUUUUUAAUAUGGUGCUAUAGAAUAGCAACUAAACUUGCUAACAAAAUCUGGAGCAUUAUAAUGUAAUGGCUUACUUUUGCAGUUUACUUGGCUUUGCAGGUCGACGUUUCCUUUCCCUGUAGUGGUAGCGAACACAGCGCAGUGACACUUUGAUGCCCAGGCUUGCAAAAUGCUUUUGAAUCUCCACUGCUGAUUUUCCAUUUGACUUCAUGAGCCGGAUCUGUCGAGAGUUCUCCUUGCUGAUUUUAGUCAUCUCGGCUUCAAUCUUGCAAUGGUAGUCUGACCAAUGAGCAACAAUCACACCUACAGUUCAGUAUGCAGAAGAUAAAUAGAGCUGAAGGUCUGUGAAACGCCACUUUUCUGCAUUUGUGCCACGGAUUCAUUUGGAGGAUGGAGGCUCCGGCUUUUUACAAACACGGACCAAAACGGCCUGCACCAAAGGGCAAGAUGCCGUCUCCACAGAUAAAACGGAAAAAAACAUCAACAGUGCCGCCAAAGAAGACUGUUCGCUUGGUGAAGAAGAAAGCAGCUUCCACCAUUUGCGUUGAGAAAGGAGUGGGCCCAGUCAGCACCUGGAAACAGCAGUAUGUCCAUGAACUUUCCAGCUUAAGAAAACGACUGGGUGCCAUUGAGGCACAGCUUGAACACUCUAACGGGCCUGCGCCUGCACCGCCGGUGGAGUGCGAAGGAUGUGCCACGUUAAGGGCUACUUUGGACAGCGUUAUGGAAAGACUGACCGCUUUGGAAACACAUCCGCCCGAGAAGAGAAGAGGCCCUUUCGACACCACAGUCUAUAGGGGACCGCCGGCGUACUCUCUCAGUCCCCUCUCCACCUUCAUCAGUAAACACAACACCAGCCAGAGAGGACGAACCUACCAUCCCGUCCUCAACGAACACCGGGUCCAUUACGCCAGCACGAUGGCUUUACCUUCCCAUCCCUUCCCCACCGUCUCAAGAGAGAACCCCAGUGCCACCCAGGGAGGGCCCGGGAAGCAUCCCACCAUUGGUUCCAACACCGCCUACACCGGCCACACAACUCCCCAGCGUGAGGGCUCUGACCGCCGAGCGCGACGAGGAGUUUUAUAA